ACAAGCUAACAGACGAUGGGUCAACCACACCGGCCGGCCUGGUUGCUGCAUCGCUAGCACAUGCAUUUGCACUGUUCGUGGCGGUUUCAGUAGGGGCUAACAUAUCAGGGGGACAUGUGAACCCAGCAGUCACAUUUGGAGCAUUCAUAGGGGGUCACAUUACAUUGUUGAGAAGUGUUUUGUAUUGGGUUGCCCAAUGCCUUGGUUCUAUUGUGGCUUGCUUGUUGCUCAAGUUCUCAACUGGUGGAAUGGAAACAUCAGCAUUUUCCCUCUCAUCCGGCGUGUCAGUAUGGAACGCCCUCGUUUUCGAGAUCGUGAUGACCUUUGGCCUUGUCUACACCGUCUACGCCACCGCCGUGGACCCCAAAAAGGGCAACAUUGGGACCAUUGCUCCCAUCGCAAUCGGUUUCAUAGUGGGUGCCAACAUCUUAGCCGGCGGUGCCUUCGACGGCGCUUCCAUGAACCCAGCUGUGUCCUUCGGCCCAGCCGUUGUCAGCUGGUCAUGGGACAACCACUGGGUCUACUGGCUCGGUCCCUUCGUCGGCUCUGCCAUCGCUGCCGUGGUCUAUGAAGUGCUUUUCAUUGCUCAGAACACUCAUGAGCAACUUCCCACCACAGAUUACUAAGAAUUUAGUCUUUUUCUAGGGCUCUCUCUCAGUAGGUGGUGGUGAAAGAGUUGGGAGUUGGUUUCAAUGAUGUGGGUGCUUCGGUGGUGUUUGAUUUUCAAUUUCAGGAGUUGGUACAGGCCCUAGUGGGUGUUGUUUUAUUGUGAAUUUGUCAUGUAAUCUUUGUCUUGUUUCUUUGGAAUCAAUUGUUGACCAUUGUUCAUAUGUCAA